UUCUCUUCACGCUCCUUCACAGUAGGUGGCGGUGUGCACCUAUGAACUUUGGUCAGUGACAGUGACUCGUUGAGACCGUCGUAGUGAAGAAUCAUGGCAGACGCAUCAACGUCAACCAGUAACGAAGCUUGCACAAGUGUCUAUAAUGCCGUGAAGGAGUAUUACGGAAAGACGGUAAAGCAUUCUUCUGAUCUGAAAAGCAAUGCUUGUUUUCCGUCUACAAGGCUUGUCCCAGAGCACAUAAGAAAAGUGCUAGAUGAGAUCCAUCCAGAUGUUAUAGCAAGGUUCUACGGUUGUGGUCUGGUGGUCCCUGAAUGUUUGGAGGGCUGCAGUGUGCUUGAUCUUGGUUGCGGGACUGGACGAGACUGCUACAUGCUCAGCCAGAUUGUAGGAGAAAAGGGACACGUCACAGGCAUUGACAUGACAGAAAACCAACUUGAAGUGGCCCAGAAGUACAUCGACUAUCACAUGCAAAAAUUUGGUUAUAAAAAACCAAAUGUGAAUUUUGUUCAGGGUUACAUUGAGGCCUUGGCAGAAGCUGGUCUGAAGGAGAAAUCUUAUGAUGUUAUAAUAUCAAACUGUGUGGUGAACCUGUCACCAGAUAAGGCCAGUGUACUGAGGGAGGCUUACCGUGUUCUGAAGGAUGGAGGAGAAUUGUUUUUCAGUGAUGUUUAUAGUGAUACUAGAAUCCCAGAAGACCUGAAAAACAACAAAGUAUUAUGGGGUGAGUGUCUCAGUGGAGCCCUUUUCUGGGAAGACCUGAUACGAUUGGCUGAAGAAGUUGGAUUUAGCAAACCACGACUGGUUACUGCCAGCAAAAUAACCGUUGGCAAUCAGGAACUUGAGAAACUUCUUGGUGACUGCAAAUUUGUGUCAGCCACGUACCGACUCUUCAAGUUACCAGAAGGUUUAAAGAAGAAGCCCUGUCUGGCCAUGUACAAUGGAAACAUUACGGGUGUGGAAGAAAACUUUGAAUUUGAUGUCCAAUAUACCUUCAAGGCAAAUACAGUAAUGGAAGUGGAUGGUGAUGUUGCAAGUAUUCUGAGCAACUCCAGAUUUUUGGAUGAAUUCACAUUGCAACCACAAGGGGUUAACGUCUCUGAAGGCUGCUGUGCUAAACCCAAGAUGGUGUCUAAUAAUCCCUUUGAGCUGGUCAAGCAGCUGGGAAGUGCGGGUAUAAUUCCAUCCACUGGAGGUUGCUGUGCAGGCCAGGAAUCAUGCUGCAAGUGAUUGCAAUAGUUUUAAAUUUUAAAAAAAAGUAUUAAUUUUGAUUUUGAAGUUUCAUUUGAAACUAAAAAUGUAUACUUGUUAUUGUUAAUUGAAAAAAUAUUGCUUGAUUGUAAAUAAAAAUAUUACCAUUAAAUUUAAGAAUAUGAAUAUUAUGUAAUAUUAUGACGGUGUAAUAUAACGGAUGUGUUAAAAACAACACAUUAGUGUUAAUUCUGGGCCAACACACUAAAUGCAUUUUGUGUUACUUUUAACACAACUUGUGUUAUAUUUAUACACAAAAUGACACAUAAUGUGUUAAAAGCUUAAUGCACAAAGAUGUGUAAAAAUUAACACAUCCUUUCUAAGAGUGUACAUUUGCAGCAUUAAAAGGUUAAUUGUGUUCAUACACUUAAAUUACUUACCUCUUGUUUUGCAAAUAAAUGCUCAUUUGAUUAAUUAUUGACAUUCA